GGAGCAAUUGCGGUUUACAAAGGGUAAACCGUUUCCACGUCUCUCAGUCUGUCUCCCGAGUCCUGCGAGCAGGAGGAGAAAUGCGCGAGUGGGAACGCAAUGGAGCUUUGGCUGGAGUUGCUGGCGUUGCUCCUGCUGGGGGGCUCCUCCGGCUCUUUCAGGCACUCUCUGCGAUAUCAGUACCUGGUGGUAUCCGAACCCAGUGAGGGGCUGCCCCAGUUCAUCACGGUGGGCUUUGUGGAUAACCAGAUCAUCACUUACUAUGACAGCCAGAAGAAGAAGAAAGUGCCAAAGGUGUCCUGGAUGAAGGAGGUGGAGAAGGAGGAUCCCACCUAUUGGAAGGAGGGAAGCGAUAUCUUGAGUUUAACUCAGGAGGUGUUGCAAGAAGACCUGAGACAUGUUCAAAACCGCUACAAGCAGACUAGAGGGUUUCACACAUGGCAGACGUCUUAUGGCUGUGAACUCCAGGGAAACAGGAGCAAAGGAGGUUAUUCGGAAUAUGGCUACGACGGGAAGACCUUCCUCACCUUUGAUAAGGAGACCCUGAGCUGGGUGGCUCCUGACCCCCUGGCUGAGAUCACCAAGAGGAAAUGGGAUAAUAAUGUGCGGUGGUCCCAGAGAAAUAAAAUCUACCUGGAGAAGGAAUGCAUUGAAUGGCUGAAGAAGUACCUGUCCUAUAGGGAGAAGGCGAUGCUGCCGAGCACAGAGUCCCCAGUAGUGACAAUGAGCAGCAGGACGGAGGCUGAGGAUGGGAUGGAGACGCACGUCUGCCGAGUCCAUGGCUUCUACCCCAGGGAGAUUGAUGCCUCCUGGAAGAGGGACGGGGAGGUCUGGCUGCAGGACACCCUCCAUGGGUCUGUGGCCCCCAAUGCGGAUGGGACCUACCACUACUGGCUCAGCAUCCAGAUCGAUCCCAAAGAGAGAGACCGCUAUCGGUGCCACGUGGAGCAUGACAGCCUGCAGGAGCCUCUGGACAUGGCUAUGAAGGAAUUAACCAAUUCAAAAGCCAACUUGGGGCUCAUCAUUGUCGGCAUUAUGGCUGCUCUUGUCCUGGUGGGUGUGAUUGCUGUGAUCCUCCUGGUAUUCUUCAAAAAACGUGAGGAUGGCUACAAUGCAGCAAGAAAAAGUGACAAAGGAUCCAACAGUUCGGACUGGGCAAGUGACAAAGGAUCCAACAGUUCAGACUGGGGAAGGAACAUGGCCAUUUAGCAGCCCUCUUGCAGCACAAGUGCACCAUUCAGCAUAAGGAGAGAGGAAAGGACUCUUCCCUCAAGAUGGCAUGUUGAAUGGCCAGGGAUUCUUUUUCUCCCGCUGAUGAACAGCUGAUUUUGCCACCAAGCUGUUUAUUUGGUCGCUUUGCUCCUGGUUUUAUGAACGAGAGACUAGGAAGGACCCAAGAUGAAUUUCGGAUGAUCAUUAACUGAACUCCUUCAGGGGGUGGUGGGGUCUGGAUGCCCGCAAAGAGCUAUUAAUGAACAUUAAUCUCUUGCCUUUUCCCUUCAGCUGCUUAUCUUUCUUAAGCAUGCCUGGGUUUUAAUUGCACUUUAUGAAGCCGUACAUUUUACAAUCUUUUGAUUUAUGACUAGUUGAUUCUGACCUACUAUAUAAUCCCUUGCUGUAAUUUUACAACCUUAAAUUUACAUUUACAUAGGAUUACAUUAUAUAUUUUUGCCCUUUCUAGGUUUUUUUUUUUUUUAAAGAAGAGCCUUGAUAAACUACCUUUUUAUUUUUUAUGGGGAAAAUUCCCCAAAAAUAAGACCCGGUCUUAUAUUUUUCUUGCCUCCAAAAGAGGCACCAGGUCUUAUUUUGGGGGGAUGUCUUCUACUGUCUCACCUCGCGGCAGUGGCACAACAACCCCACCCAGCAGGAGCCUGUGUAGUCACUGACGGCCCACUUCUUCUGCGGCUGCUUGCCAUCGCUCGCGCACAAUGCCCCCAGCCUCUGUUUCGCUGUCAGAGGCCUUCAGGAAAGGCCUCUGCAGCUGAGAAAGGAGAUCUGACAGUGCCUCUGAUAGUGAUAUAGAAGUCGGAGGCGCUGUAUGCAUCAGUACGGAGCUCGUUUCUCAGCUGCAGAGGCCUUUCCUGAAGUCUCUGACAGCAAAAUGGAGGCAGGGGGCAACACGCACAAGCAGUGGCAAGCAGCCACAGAAGAAGGCGAAGCAGGUAUUGGCGUGCGUGAAGCCUGGCUGCAACUGUCCAAAGAUAAGCAGCUCCACCACCAUCUCCACCCUAUCUUGAUUUUUACCCAUGUGCCUCACCCCACCCCGUGCAACCAGGUGCAAUGGAGUGGGCGGGAUCUUAACUACGGCUUACUUUGGGGGGCUAGGGCUUACUUUGGGUGCACGUGUAAAAAUCAAGCUAGGUCUUAUUUUUGGAUAGGUCUUAUUUUGGGGAAAACACGGUAGGUCCUUUUAGUAUCAUAACAUUCUAAGGCAUCAGUUCACAAUAUUAAACCAUGAAUGCCCCAGCUCAACCCCAAUCUUCCACGUAAACCAUGUAAACCAAGUUCUAUUUGUUAUGAGAAGCAUCUGGCCUCUUGUGCACACCUGUUGAUAUGACCUUGAGAAGUUUUCAGAGUCUUGCAAGCUCCUAUGGAAUGGCAGAGGUUUGGUUUCUCCAAAUUGACCCAUUCAUAGUCAACAUCUCCCACCUCCCUUACUGUAAUGACCAGUUGAAAUGGAGAGGCACGGAGCUGUCUAUAUUUCACUCUUUUGACAUGUUGCCCCCUCAAAAGAAGAACGGACCUGGAAAGGUAAAAAAUAAACACAUAUACAUAUAUACAUUGAUCAACAUUCUUUUUCCCUUUUAUAUUGACCCAUAUGCAUUCUAGGAGGCUUUCAUUCUUGGUUUUGGGCAUUUCUAUAGAGAUGUAGUUAUCUCUUAUAUGUAAUGCAAUUUUACCUCCUCUCCUGUUAGGUCUAUUUCUUUUGAAAGGUUUAUAUCCUCCCAUCAGUACAUUCCAGCCAUGAGUUUCAUCCCACCAAGUUUCGCUAAUGGCAACUACAGUAUAUCAUACUUCUUCGUUGAAUUUAACUUGGCUGUUGUUUAAUUUGUUCACAAUUUCUUCUUUGAUAUAUGUAAUGUACGAUAGAUCAAUUAGGGUUGCAAAUAAAUAUACAAGCUUAUAAAUUUCAGACCUGCUUUGCAAGGGAGGAAUCUAGUAUUCAACUAGGGGGUAUAUUAAGUUUUGCAAUAGUGGCGAAUAUCUGUAGUUCAGGUGUAAGAUGAGGGUGAAGUUUCGUUCUCCGAGCUUGUGGGUUGGUUUCUGAAACGUUCCAUUACCAGGAUAGGUAACAUUUUCAGCGGAGUUUAGGGGAUGUCAGUGGUCUUCUGUUUAUAAGUGUCAGCCAGAUCUCCAGCAUGGGGUUCGAAUUUGCAGCAUGCUUGCUAUCGGCUGCCAUAGUAACAGGGAGUGGGGGGGCAUGGCAUUUGGGUUGGUGAAGUGAGCUGGUGAGGUGAAGUCCUAUUGUGAACUGAAAGAGAGGUUUGCUCUCAAGAAUUACUGGGCCGCUGAGGGGAGUUGUUUACACCCUGUCAGGGCCAACUGUCCUGGAUUCCAGACUGGCGAAAUACCUGUUGAUGAGCUUCACACAACAUCAUACUGGACGUUGAUUGGACACUCGGCAAGGGACCCUGAGGGGAGGGAUUUGGGGAAACGUUCAAUCUGUAACUUUUGCACGUUUUGAAUCAGAUCUUGCCUUGCUUUUGCUGCUCUCAUUCCAAACUCAGUAAAAGUACCUCUUCUCUAUCUCAAUGGAGUUGAGGGUUUUCCUUUUUCUUGGGUUUUGAACGGAGGCAGGCCUGACAAUAAGGGCUUCAGGUGUGGGUAUGUCAAGUGAGGAUCUUGUGAUGGGUCAGCUGUGAGUCAUCAGUGAAUCUUGUGAUUGGUCUUGUGAUAAGAUUACAUCAGGUCUGGGUCUGGUUGAGGGUACUGUCUCUGUUUGGCUGCGUGGUUGAUUUUCUCUUCUGGAUUUUGUAUUUUAACCUUUUGAAUAAAAUAAAUAUUGUCUUGAAAAAACAAAGGAGAGAGAAAAGAAGAGGAAAUCAACCUUAUUCUGAAUUAGGGCAGACUCUUAGGAGGAACCCUUUAGACCAGUGGUGGGUUUCAAAAUUUUUUACUACUGGUUCUGUGGGCGUGGCUUGGUGGGCGUGGCAUGGGAAGGAUACCGUAAAAUCUCCAUUCCCACCCCACUCCAGGGGAAGGAUACUGUAAAAUCUCCAUUCCCUCCCCACUCCAGGGGAGGGUUACUGCAAAAUCCUCAUUUCCUCCUGAUCAGCUGGGACUCGGGAAGCAGAGAAUAAAUGAGGGCAGGGCCAAUCAGAAUUUUUACUACCGGUUCUCUGAAUUACACAAAAUUUCCGCUACCGGUCCUCCAGAACUGGUCAGAACCUGCUGAAACCCACCUCUGCUUUAGACCCUCCCAAAAUGCUGGAACCAGGAUAGAUCAUCAUUACAUUUAUCAUGAGUGCUAACCUUUUUUAUUAUAAUUGAGGAACAGAGGAGAACACUUUAUGUGUUUAUAAUUGUGGAAUCAAAAGGAUUUAAAUCGGGUUUAGUAGAUAUUAUGUUUAUAUUAUUGUAUAAGUAAAUCCAAUAAUUUUUUACAGUGCAUUCUGAGAUUUCUGUCAUUAAAGUAGUUAAUGUAUUUUAAUUAAAAAAAAUAAGAAUUGCAGUUAGUUGACUAUAUCCAAGUGUGGCAAAUAAUCAUUACACUGAGUGCAGCAUGCAAACGCUUUCCCUCCCCCACCCCUGAUUUUAUCCAGAUUGCCAUUAGUGGAUUUUCAUGAUGCAGAACAAUGGAACACGAGAUUGAUUGCACUUCAAGACUUCUGCUCCCAUAAUCAUUGCAUGCCUACUGCAACAAUACCAAAAUUGCUUGCUGAAAAUAAAUGGCUUUGUUUUCUUCUCACCUGAA